AAUGAUUCGAAAGAUGAUAAAUUUAGGCGAUGAACGAUUUCCGCAAGAGAUCUCUGACAGACAGUAUCAGGCUUCCUCUCUGAUCCUUGUUAAUUUUCGUAACUUAUUCGUCAUUUCUCCGGAAUGCUUCGUUAUCUCAAUACCAGACCUCGUCGCGUUCAUAGCAGAAACAAAUAUGGCGUCCACUAGGUUGAGCAAGUUCUGGUUUUCAACCUCCAGUUCAGUUAGUAAUACUGUCAGUACCUUACGAAAAGUUACCGGUGUGUCAAGGCGUUUUUACUCCUCAGAGACACAGAAAGUAACACUUAUCCCUGGCGAUGGGAUAGGACCAGAAAUCUCUGAUGCUGUGAAAACUGUGUUUGCUGCUGCAAAGGUUCCUAUCGAAUGGGAAGAAGUUACAGUGACCCCAAUACUUCUCCCUGAUGGGAAGACUACCAUUCCAACAGUGGCCAUCAACUCUAUGAAUAAGAACAAGAUUGGCCUUAAAGGGCCGUUGGAGACAAAGAUUGGUAAAGGACAUGUAUCCAUGAAUCUGACUCUCAGAAAAACAUUCAGCCUGUAUGCCAAUGUUCGACCAUGCCGAUCUAUAGAGGGUUAUCCUACAGCAUAUGAUGAUGUAGAUCUAGUCACCAUUAGAGAAAACACGGAGGGAGAAUACAGUGGAAUAGAACAUGUGGUUGUUGAUGGUGUAGUACAGAGUAUCAAGCUGAUCACCAGAGAGGCUUCUCAAAGAGUUGCAGACUUUGCUUUCCAAUAUGCCAAAGCAAAUAACAGACAAACUGUCACUGCUGUACAUAAGGCAAAUAUCAUGCGACGUUCAGAUGGUCUUUUUCUGCAGUGCUGUAGAGAGGCUGCUGAGAAAAAUAAAGAUAUCAGAUACAAUGAGAUGUAUCUAGACACCACUUGUCUAAAUAUUGUCUCAGAUCCAUCAAGUUUUGAUGUCAUGGUAAUGCCCAACUUAUAUGGAGACAUUUUAAGUGAUUUGUGUGCUGGAUUGAUUGGUGGCCUAGGUGUAACACCCAGUGGGAACAUUGGCGCUGAUGGAGUAGCCAUAUUUGAAUCGGUUCACGGCACAGCUCCCGAUAUCGCAGGUCAGGACAAAGCUAACCCCACAGCACUCCUGCUCAGUGCUGUGAUGAUGCUUAGACACAUGAAACUAAACUCACAUGCAGACGAUGUAGAGAGAGCUGUGCUCGCAACAAUCAGAGAUGGAAAUGCAUUGACAGGAGAUUUAGGUGGAAGGAGUACCUGCUCUGAAUUCACGAAGGAAAUUUGCCGCCAUCUUGAGUAGUGAAGUUCUCUAAUGUUUAGAUCUUCCAGCUGGUUUUUGGAGUUCUUUUCAGUAACUGAUCAUUUUGGUUGUGCCUUUCUAACAGAAGAUUGAAAAAGAUAUCAAAUUGAAAGGUCCAUGGUGCGGCUGAAAAAGUGAUUCCUGAUUUAUCUUUCUUGCACAGUGAGGUCAAUGUUUUAACGUUCCUCUGUUAACUUAGCUUUCUCUGCUUCCUUAAACUUGUAAGAAUUUAUUCCGAGAAUUACCAUCAACUCUGUAGCUAUUUGGGUUUUUGUUCCUUCAGUCUCUGUUUGGAGUUGAUGACUGAUUGGGACGAUUUUUUCUGUAAUACUCCGCAAUAAACGAUAUCUGUGAUCUUCUUGAAGAGGGCUUUGAACAGCCCAAAUUGCUUUGAUACAUAAAAAUGAGAUGUACAUUUUAAAAACGAGACAAUUUGACCGUUGGAUACAUCUUAAGUUCGUUACCUUUAUUGAAAUGAUUGCUGAAGCAGAUUAUGUAAAGUUGUACAUGAAUUUAAAGCAAUACAGUAAAAUAAAUACAUUGCAAUUUAG